UCGUGGCAUCCGAAGGUGAGUGGUUGUGCAGUCAGCGCGCCGCAAGACUAUCCGACGAAUCUCGUACCGAGGAUACAGCAUCGGACGACAGUUUCACCAGAGUACUAGAAAAACUAGUAACGCCUAAUACCACAAAAUGGGUAAGGAGAAGAUACACAUCAAUAUAGUCGUUAUUGGACAUGUCGACUCUGGCAAGUCCACCACCACUGGUCACUUGAUCUACAAAUGUGGUGGUAUCGACAAGCGUACCAUCGAGAAGUUCGAGAAAGAAGCCCAGGAGAUGGGCAAAGGUUCCUUCAAAUAUGCUUGGGUGUUGGAUAAGCUGAAGGCUGAGCGUGAGCGUGGUAUCACCAUUGACAUCGCCUUAUGGAAGUUUGAGACUUCCAAAUACUAUGUCACCAUUAUUGACGCUCCUGGACAUAGGGAUUUUAUUAAAAACAUGAUCACUGGUACUUCACAAGCUGAUUGUGCCGUACUGAUUGUUGCUGCUGGUACCGGUGAAUUCGAGGCUGGUAUCUCGAAGAAUGGACAGACUCGUGAGCACGCUCUGCUCGCCUUUACACUCGGUGUCAAACAACUGAUUGUCGGCGUUAACAAAAUGGACUCCACCGAACCGCCGUACUCCGAGACUCGAUUUGAGGAAAUUAAGAAGGAAGUCUCGUCGUACAUCAAAAAGAUCGGCUAUAAUCCGGCUGCAGUGGCGUUUGUACCCAUCUCUGGCUGGCAUGGGGACAACAUGUUGGAAGUAUCCGCCAAGAUGCCCUGGUUCAAGGGAUGGACUGUGGAGCGCAAGGAAGGCAAGGGCGAAGGCAAAUGCCUUAUUGAAGCUCUUGAUGCCAUUCUGCCACCCACUAGGCCGACCGACAAGGCUCUUCGUCUUCCUCUUCAAGACGUGUACAAAAUUGGAGGUAUCGGAACGGUACCUGUAGGCCGUGUCGAAACUGGUGUAUUGAAGCCCGGUAUGGUAGUCACUUUUGCUCCCGCUGGUUUGACCACUGAAGUCAAAUCCGUUGAAAUGCACCAUGAGGCUCUUCAAGAAGCUGUUCCUGGUGACAAUGUUGGUUUUAACGUGAAGAACGUGUCUGUUAAGGAAUUGCGUCGUGGAUAUGUUGCGGGAGAUUCCAAGAACAACCCACCCAAGGGUGCUGCUGACUUUACCGCACAGGUCAUCGUGCUGAAUCAUCCUGGUCAGAUCAGCAACGGAUACACGCCUGUGUUGGAUUGCCACACCGCCCAUAUCGCCUGUAAAUUCGCCGAGAUCAAAGAGAAGUGCGACCGUCGUACGGGUAAGACGACGGAGGAAAAUCCGAAAGCUAUCAAAUCCGGUGACGCCGCCAUCGUCACCCUGGUGCCCAGCAAGCCCAUGUGCGUCGAGGCUUUCCAAGAAUUCCCGCCUCUGGGACGUUUUGCAGUCCGUGACAUGCGUCAGACGGUAGCAGUCGGUGUCAUCAAGGCUGUCACCUUCAAGGACCAAGCAGGCAAAGUCACCAAGGCCGCUGAGAAAGCCCAGAAGAAGAAAUAACCACUAUAAUAGAAACUAUAAAAUAAUAAAAAAACUUUCAUAUGCAUAUACCGAUAGUUUCCGUGCGAAUAUAUCGCCGGGUGGACGCCGGCGUUACAUCAGUCGACGUAACUCACCCUUUCUUGUUCGAAGGUGGUUAAUAAGACCAUUUCGUAGAAAAAGUAUCGAAAAUUUGGAUUUACUUUACAAAGAAAAAACGAUUAUAAAAUUGAAUGGAAAUAAAUUUUUGUUGUCAGGAUAAAGGGAAGUUACUUCAUUUAACAACUAUCUUUCUUACAUAACGUUACGCAAGACAUUACUUUAUCUUGAUAACAAAAUUUAUUUCUAUUGAAUUCUAUAAUCGUUUUUUCUUUUUCAAUAACCCAUACCGAUAGUCUAACAAUGAUUAAUACAGAAUGCUGCCGUGGAUAAAAGGAUAUUAAAGCAUUCAACAAAUGAGUUUAUUGCUACUUGAGUCAACAAAAUGAGAGCGGUAAUUGUAAUAAUAACAACAUUUGGACCGCAAAGGAACAUCAAUAUUUAAACAGGUAUUGUAUAUUAGGAAGAAAAUUAUUCGUGCAAAUUAUAGAAAGUCGCUUAUUUCGCUCUUUUCACGAAAUUAUUUCAACACUUAUUUUAAAGUGAAGUUGAUGAAGUAUAGAAGUCAAAAGACUCUAUGUUAGUCGUCUUUUGACUUCUAUACUUUAAUCGAUCAACUUCACUUUAAAAUAAGUGUUGAAAUAAGCAAGACUUUCUAUAAUUUGCACGCACGAAUAAUUUUCUUUCCAUUCAUUUCUUUUCCAAUUUCUGGUAACUACUGCAUUGAAAGUUUCGGUACCAAAGUGAAUUAGACACUUCGGUAUCAAAACUUUCAAUGUAGUAGUUACCAGAAAUAAUAAAUCACAUUUUAACACAUUAUUGUUUCUAUUUGUCAACAUAAUUACUCAGGCAGUAACAUCUUGUUUAUUAUCUUUGUGAAAUUAUUUAUUAUUCUGAUACCUAUAAUAAUAAUAAUAAUAUGAUCUAGUGGAAGCGAAAUAAUGGUGUAAUGCUUCACUAAUCAUUUGCCUGGUACUCAAUGUAGCAUUAUCUGUACCUAAAUCCUGUGGAUCUAUCGAUAUGGGAAAUUUAUAGAGGAGAUAACGAUAGGGUUUUGACAAAAGUAUGUUUUAUUGGCAGGUUUAAUAGAAUCUGCCAAUAAAAUCGUUGUCUCUAUAAUUUCCCAUAUUGAUAGUUUUUUCUGACAUCACUUACGCAAAAACUAAAGCAAAUCUAAAUUUUGGAAACGUUUUCUAUGAAAUAUUCUUUCUACUACUACCUUUGAGUCAAAAAAAUAAAAAAAACGUAGCGAAAUAAAAACAACGAUUUUUGCAGUGACUUGGCAUCUUUUAUUCCGCGAUUCUUCUACAAAUGACAUUGGUUAAUGGUUUUUCUGUACAUACAUAUAAGUAUCAGCGAUGACAAGUAAGAGCGAAAAUAAAAAAGUUACGGAAACGA